AUGACACGGAACCACACAAAAGUUGAAGAAUUCAUUCUUCUGGGGCUGACAAGCAAACCGGAAUUGCAGAUUGUUUUAUUUGUGAUCAUUAUUUUCAUUUAUAUGAUAUCCCUUCUGGGUAAUGUCCUUAUUAUUGUUGUCAGCUGGAUAAGCCCCCGUCUCCAUACACCAAUGUAUUUCUUCCUGAGUAACUUAUCAUUUUUGGACCUUUCGUUCACCACCAGCGUAGUUCCCAAAAUGCUUAUAAACAUUUUAUCACCUAAGAAUGUUAUAUCAUUUGAUGCUUGUUUCACCCAAAUGGUUGUACACAUGUGGUUUGGAGGUUCCGAGUGCUGCCUUCUCCUAGCAAUGGCUUAUGAUCGCUAUGUGGCUAUAUGUAGACCAUUACACUAUACCGCCAUUAUGCAUCCAUGUUUAUGUAUUAAAAUGGCAAGUGGCUGUUGGAUCACAGGCUUUCUAAACGCAUUAAUACACAUGUUCUUUGCAUUAAGAUUGUCAUUUUGUGGCCCAAAUGCCAUUAACCAUUUCUUCUGUGAGAUACCAUCUGUCCUAGAGCUAUCCUGCACAGAUGCUUCUAUUAACAGGACCGUUAUUUUCUUCUGUGCUAUGACAUUGGUAAUGGGCCCAUUUUUCCUCAUUCUUAUAACAUACGGCUACAUUAUUUCCAAUAUUCUUAAAAUCGCGACAUCCACGGGCCGAAAGAAGGCUUUCUCCACUUGUGCUUCACACAUGAUGGUAGUCACUAUAUUCUAUGGUACAAUCAUUUUUAUGUACAUGAGACCUGGAGACACUCAUGUAGCCCACCAGGACAAAAUGGCCACCUUGUUCUAUAGUGUUGUGACUCCAAUGUUGAACCCUCUCAUCUACACCUUAAGAAACAAGGACGUUAAAGGGGUUUUGCUGGGGAUCGUGAGAAAAAAGCAUGUGCCGGAAAAGGAACUAUAAGCAUAUUAACACAUGGUACAUCUCUGCAAUACAUUUAUGCAGUAGACAUAACACAUGCAUACUUGCCCAUGUUUUAUCCCUUUAGAGACCCUGCCAGCAUAGAAAAAUACCUAAUGAUUUGCCAGGGCUGCACUUGACUCCUAAUUUCCUAUUGUGUGCUCACAACACACAGUUUUUUUUGUGGGCCAAGUAGAGUUAGCCAUGACCAUUAUCUUUUGCUGAACUACUCAAGCCACACCACUGUCUUUAUCUAGGAUAGGUGCUCAUGGAGUUGUAGGAGCUAGAUAAGAACUGGGCUAAAUAUACUCUUUGAGAUUACACAAGUAGAGAAUAUUAUUUUUGACAAGGACAACAUUUAGUAUUUAUUACAUCUAUGGCCCAAAAGAAGGCUUUUUUCACUUGUGCAUCACACAUUAUUGCAGUCACUUUAUUCUAUGGCACAAUCAUUUUUAUGCACAGGAGACACUCAUGUGACCAACCAGGCCACCUUCUUCUACAGACUGAAAUACAAGAAUGUCAAAGGGAUGUUACUGGGAAUUGCAAGAAAAAAAUCCUGAGUGAAAAUAGAAACAAAGUACUGUAUUUUUUGGCGUAUAACACUCACUUUUUCACCCUGCUAAU